GAGAAGAGGCGGGUGGUUCCAGGCUUUCCUCUUUUAUCUUCAAAUCCAUUUGUGUUUUCUUCUCCACACGAUCAUCUCCGCCCUUCUUCUUCUUCUUCUUCUUCUUCUUCGUCUACUUCUUCUGCUUCUUCUCUUUCUGGCUUUCCUUCGUUGAUCAACCAUGGCUCUUCAGUCCAUGGUUCCUCUGUCACAGCUUCUCUAUUCUAAUGGUCUAGCAGCCAGUGUUUCGCCUUCACCAGUGAAGGCAAGUCCAGUUUUCGCGGCACACAGAGGACUUCUGUUUGGAGAUUUCGCUGGUCUUUGUUGUAAAUCGAAGCGUACGAGACGGAGAAUCGGAGGAGGGGCACGGAAAGGUCAGGGAUCGUUAUCGAGGAGCUGGUCGUCGGUGAAAGCAGUUCUUGACCUGGAACGCAUCGACGUUGUUCCAAAGGAUUCUAAUGGUGUUCGUCAACAUAAGGAAACCAAGGUUUCAAACUUGGAAGAUAUUAUAUCAGAGAGAGGAGCUUGUGGAGUUGGAUUCAUUGCAAACUUAGAAAACAAAGCAUCACAUGAGAUUGUAAAGGAUGCACUCACAGCCCUUGGCUGCAUGGAACAUCGUGGUGGAUGUGGGGCAGAUAAUGAUUCUGGCGAUGGUGCUGGAUUGAUGACUUCGAUUCCUUGGGAUCUAUUCAACAAUUGGGCCAAUACACAAGGGAUUGUUUCUUUUGACAACUUGCAAACUGGUGUGGGAAUGGUUUUUCUUCCCAAGGAUGAAAACUUUAUGAAAGAAGCCAAAACAGUUAUUGAAAAUAUCUUUAGAGAAGAAGGUCUUGAGGUACUUGGAUGGAGACCCGUUCCUGUUAAUGUAUCUGUAGUUGGUUACUAUGCAAAACAAACCAUGCCCAACAUACAGCAAAUAUUUGUAAAAAUUUCGAAGGAAGAAAAUAUUGAUGAUAUUGAAAGGGAACUAUACAUCUGCCGGAAGUUGAUUGAAAGAGCAUCCAAGUCAGAAAAGUGGGGUGAUGAGCUUUAUUUCUGUUCUUUGUCCAAUCAAACUAUAGUUUACAAGGGUAUGCUUCGCUCUGAAGUUCUGGGGCAAUUUUAUUCUGAUCUCCGGAGUGAUCUUUAUAAAUCUCCUUUGGCCAUCUACCAUCGGAGAUAUAGCACAAAUACUAGUCCCAGAUGGCCACUUGCACAGCCUAUGAGGUUACUUGGCCAUAAUGGAGAGAUCAAUACGAUACAGGGUAACUUGAACUGGAUGCAAUCUCGAGAAACCUCACUCAAGUCUCCUGUUUGGCGUGGUCGUGAAAAUGAAAUUUGUCCUUUUGGAAACUCGAAGGCAUCUGACUCUGCGAACCUUGAUAGUGCAGCUGAAUUGUUACUAAGAAGUGGCCGCAGUCCAGAGGAAGCUCUUAUGAUUCUUGUCCCAGAGGCAUACAAGAAUCAUCCUACAUUGACAAUAAAAUAUCCGGAGGUUGUUGAUUUUUAUGACUUUUACAAGGGUCAGAUGGAGGCUUGGGAUGGCCCUGCUUUACUCUUAUUUAGUGAUGGAAAAACAGUGGGGGCUUGUCUUGAUCGAAACGGCCUUCGCCCUGCUAGGUAUUGGAAGACAGUAGACAAUGUUGUCUAUGUUGCUUCUGAGGUCGGUGUCCUGCCAAUGGAUGAAUCAAAAAUCACAAUGAAAGGCCGUCUAGGUCCGGGAAUGAUGAUAGCUGUUGAUCUACAGAAUGGCAAGGUUUAUGAGAACACGGAUGUUAAAAAGCGAGUGGCAUCGUCAUAUCCAUAUGGAAAGUGGUUGAAUGAAAACAUGAGAUCCUUGCAGACUGUCAACUUUCUUUCCACCUCAGUUAUGGAUAAUGAGGCAAUUUUAAGAUGUCAACAGGCAUAUGGCUAUUCGAGCGAGGAUGUCCAGAUGGUUAUUGAAACCAUGGCUGCACAAGGGAAGGAGCCUACGUUUUGCAUGGGGGAUGAUAUCCCAUUGGCUGUACUGUCUCAGAAGGCACACAUGCUUUAUGAUUACUUCAAGCAAAGAUUUGCACAGGUUACCAACCCAGCGAUUGACCCCCUUAGAGAAGGAUUAGUUAUGUCACUUGAAGUCAACAUAGGGAAGCGUGGAAACAUCCUAGACGUUGGACCAGAAAAUGCUGCACAGGUUAUUUUGUCUAGUCCUGUGUUGAAUGAAGGGGAGCUUGAGUUGUUGAUAAAGGAUCCCAACCUGAAACCUCAAGUAUUACCAACGUUUUUUGAUAUUGGGCAAGGGGUUGAGGGUUCCAUAGAAAAGACAAUAAAGAAACUAUGUGAAGCUGCUGAUGAAGCUGUUCGAAGUGGUUCACAACUUCUUAUUCUCUCUGACCGCUCUGAGGAACUGGAACCAACCCGGCCUGCUAUCCCUAUUCUUCUAGCUGUUGGUGCAGUUCACCAGCAUCUAAUUCAAAAUGGCUUGCGGACGUCGGCUUCUAUUGUUGCUGAAACUGCUCAGUGCUUCAGCACCCAUCAGUUCGCUUGUUUAAUUGGAUAUGGUGCCAGUGCUGUAUGUCCAUACCUGGCAUUGGAAACCUGUCGCCACUGGCGUUUAAGCAACAAAACUGUGAACUUGAUGCGAAAUGGGAAGAUGCCUACUGUUACGAUUGAGCAGGCUCAAAAGAACUUUUGCAAGGCAGUUAAAUCUGGACUUCUCAAAAUUCUUUCUAAGAUGGGCAUCUCUUUGCUUUCCAGUUAUUGUGGGGCACAGAUAUUUGAGAUUUAUGGCUUGGGAAAAGAAAUUGUUGAUCUUGCAUUCUGUGGAAGUGUUGCCAAAAUUGGUGGGCUAAGUCUUGAUGAGUUGGCUCGGGAAAGUUUAUCUUUCUGGGUGAAGGCUUUCUCAGAGGAUACAGCUAAGAGAUUAGAAAAUUUUGGAUUUAUACAGUUCAGACCAGGAGGAGAAUAUCAUGGAAAUAACCCAGAGAUGUCAAAGCUGCUACAUAAAGCAGUUCGGCAAAAGAGUGAGAGUGCCUAUUCGGUCUAUCAGCAACACCUAUCUAACAGACCUGUGAAUGUACUUCGUGAUCUUCUUGAGUUUAAAAGUGACCGGUCCCCGAUACCUGUGGGAAAGGUUGAACCUGCAACUUCCAUUGUUCAGCGCUUCUGCACUGGUGGUAUGUCACUCGGUGCGAUUUCGAGAGAAACUCAUGAAGCAAUUGCAAUUGCAAUGAAUAGACUUGGUGGAAAAUCUAACUCAGGAGAAGGUGGUGAGGAUCCUAUUCGUUGGAAACCACUUACAGAUGUCAUUGAUGGUUACUCUCCAACACUUCCACAUCUCAAAGGUCUUCAGAAUGGGGACACUGCCACAAGUGCAAUCAAACAGGUUGCUUCAGGGCGUUUUGGUGUCACCCCGACAUUUUUGGUCAAUGCUGAUCAGUUAGAAAUCAAAAUUGCGCAAGGUGCAAAGCCUGGGGAAGGUGGGCAGUUGCCUGGGAAAAAAGUUAGUGCAUACAUUGCCAGACUGAGAAAUUCUAAACCUGGGGUUCCACUUAUAUCUCCACCUCCACAUCAUGACAUUUAUUCUAUCGAAGAUCUGGCACAGUUAAUUUUUGACCUUCAUCAGGUCAAUCCUAAGGCUAAGGUAUCUGUUAAGCUUGUAGCAGAAGCUGGAAUUGGAACUGUUGCUUCUGGUGUUGCAAAGGGUAAUGCUGAUGUAAUACAGAUAUCAGGGCAUGACGGGGGAACUGGAGCCAGCCCCAUAAGUUCUAUUAAGCAUGCUGGUGGUCCUUGGGAACUUGGACUCACAGAAACACACCAGACACUCAUUGCAAAUGGACUUAGAGAAAGGGUUAUUCUCAGAGUUGAUGGUGGCUUCAAAAGUGGGGUUGAUGUUCUAAUGGCUGCAGCAAUGGGUGCUGAUGAGUAUGGGUUUGGUUCUGUGGCAAUGAUUGCUACUGGAUGUGUUAUGGCGCGUAUCUGCCACACAAAUAAUUGCCCUGUGGGUGUUGCUAGUCAGAGAGAAGAACUACGUGCCCGUUUCCCUGGUGUUCCAGGUGAUCUUGUCAACUACUUCUUGUAUGUUGCUGAGGAGGUCAGAGGCAUGUUAGCACGACUGGGAUAUGAGAAGAUGGAUGAUAUAAUUGGACAGACAGGCUUGUUAAAACAACGGAAUGUGUCAUUAAUGAAGACUCAGCAGCUUGACCUCAGCUACAUUCUCUCAUGUGUGGGGGUUCCAAAGUGGAGCAGCACUGCCAUUAGGACUCAAGAUGUUCAUACUAAUGGUGUUGUUCUAGAUGAUCUUCUUCUUUCAGAUCCAGGGGUAAACUGUCUUUUCUGCACCCACUGGUUCUGCUAAUUGGACGUAGUAUUC